GCUUCUUUCCCGAUCGCGAUCAAGCUGCCGGGGGCGAAGCUGAGAUCAUACCGGGGGCGGAGCCUUCUUCGCGGCUCUCUACCCGAGGCGAGGCCGGGAAAAGUUGCUGCCUGGGGUAGCCCAGGGUACUGCCAGACGGUCAAAGAGUAACUUCUGCACUACCAAAAGUCACAGCCUGACAAAUCCAGGGAGAUGUUUUCUGCACUGUGGCUUACUUCUUGGAUUUAUCUCAUUCAUUUUGUUUUCAGCUGUUGUGAGAAUCUUAUUAGUUCUUUCCCUAAAGGAGAGCCAGGAACUGUCUCUUGUCUACAAGGUAGCCAAUCUAACCAUGUUGUGACUUGGUAUAGAAAUGAUAUUGAGGCACCCAUAAGUACAGAUAACUGCUCCCGGGUUUAUCAGCAAGCAAACUUGCUUUGGUUUUAUCCUGCAAAACUAGAAGAUUCUGGAAUAUAUCAGUGCACUUAUAAUUCCACAAGAAUUAACAAAACUCUAAUAGUGUUUGAGAACAGUGUUGGAUUGUGUUUUAAUAAAGGAAUGGUUUUUGAACAGAAAGUUCCACUAAAAUACAAUGGGAAGCUGACUUGUCCAGAUCUUCAUAAUUUCAGAAAUUAUGACAAUGCUCCUCUUACUUUACAAUGGUUUAAGGAAUGCCAUUUUCAUUUAUAUGAAGACUGGAAAUUUAGGAGUUCUGGAGACUAUCUUCUCAUUAAAAAUGUAACUAAGGAAGAUGAAGGAAUUUAUAUAUGCAGGGCUAAACAUAUAUAUAUGGGAAAAGAAUAUAAUAUUUCACGGGCUAUUAAUCUAACUACUUUUGAAAUAGCAAAGAAAAAUAUUCCAGAUAUAAUUUACCCAAAUAACAACUCAAUUGAAGUAAAACCAGGUUCCAGAUUUGACCUGGUUUGUAAUGUCUCAGCUGAUCCUCUGGAUUAUAUGGUAAUUGUAACCUGGAAAUUCAAUAAUGAGAUAUUAAACACAGAUGAAAACGAUAAGGUUCUUUCUGGAAAACGAAUAAUAGAAGCAAAGUUAAACAUUUCCAAAGUGAAAUACAGAGAUUAUGGAAAAUAUUUAUGUGAAGUAUGGUCUAAACAUGUGACACAAGUAGCAUAUGUAAUGCUAAACUAUCCAGGUAGCUUUAUGUAUAAGUCUAUAGCUCCAAACACUCAGUAUUAUGUGAUCGGAGGAUUGAUUUCAGCAUUGUUUAUUAUAGUAGCAUCACUGCUUACUUACAAAUUUUUCAAAGUUGACAUUGUCCUUUGGUACCGGGAUUCUUGCCAACAUCUCAGGAAAGGAAUUUCAGAUGAAAAAGUCUAUGAUGCAUAUGUGUUAUAUCCUCACAAUAUAUCAGGCUAUGUAUAUUUGACUGAAAAUUUUGUCUUCAAAUUAUUACCUGAAAUCCUAGAAAAGCAGUGUGGCUAUAAACUUUUUAUUCUUGGAAGGGAUGAUGUGCCAGGGCAAGCUGUCAUUACUAUUGUGGAUAAAAUGGUCAAACUAAGCAGAAGAGUGAUCAUUAUUUUAAUGCCAGAUUUAUAUUGUGGUGGCAUGCAGAGUUUGUUCUCUGAACAGGAACUUGCAGUCUACAGUGCUCUUAUCCAGGAGGAAACCAAAGUUAUACUGAUUCAGCUAGACAAAAUAAAAGAUUUCAAUAGUAUGCCAGAAUCCCUCAGAUAUCUUAAGCAAAAGCAUGGCAUACUCACAUGGAGGGGAACUUUUACAGAAACCACUGAAAUGGCAACUACAAGGUUUUGGAAGAAUGUGAGAUACCAGAUGCCAGCCAGCCCAAGCACACUUUCUUCAGACUUGCAUUUUUUGCCAAUACAUUUUCACUCUUCUCAGAUAUCAGAUGGAUGAUGUCAAAAGCCACACCUGCAGUGUUUACCUGAAAUCUAUUCCAGUAGAUCCUUAUGGAUACACAAACAUGUGCACCUGCUAGAGAUUGUUCCAAGUCUGAGAUCAACAAAAACACAAUUCAGAGCAGUAUUUUCUGAAAGACCAUUCACCGUGAGGUGCAUGAGCUACUUGGGCAAGUGGCAAAAUAAUGUGAAUGCUUGACACGAAGUUGAAAUUGUUCUUGCAUACUAUUAUUUUACAUGCAAAAUAAGUGAGUAUGUAAGGAGCUAUUUUUAUAUGAAAACUUUAUAUGAAAGAGUUUUAAUCUAAACCCCAAGGGUUUGAGCAAAAUAGUAAAUACUGAUCCAGCACUGAAGUUCAUUAUAGCUAUUAGCAAGGAUUUAAUCCUUGUAUCUCAAGCUUUUUAAGAGUGAGUUCUAGUCCUUCCUUUAACUGGUAUCCUUCCUAGAAUUUCCACUGAAAAACAGCCUUUAUGGCUGUGAGUUGAUGAGAUUGGAUAUCCCAAGUGGGGUUCUUUGCUUUCUGCUUUUGAACAACUGUCUAUACAAUACUUGCUUGUAUUUUUUGAAGUGGUUUGCCACUGCCUCAGGUUGAGAGAAAGUGACUGGCCAAAGUCACUUUGGCUUUGUGGCUAAGAUGGGACUAGAACUCACAAUCUCCUGAUAUCUAGCCGGAUGCCUUAACAAAUAUACUACAUUGGCUCUCAUACUAUUUUAUGAUAAAAGGGAUCAAAACAUGGUUCUGAGGCCUUGUGUCAUGGGGUUGAUUGGUGCCAUGGGAGUUUUGCCUUUGUCAAUUAAUAUAUAACAGUUUAAUUAUUCUUGCCUGCUUAAUUUUUUUUAUAAUUUUUAAUUUUAAAAUUUUAAUUUUAACAUUUUAAUAUUUAUAUACUAUUUUGUAUAUUGAUAUUUUAUUGUACAUUGCUCAGUCUCUCCUUGAGGGAGAUAAGUAAUUCAGAAAUGUGAAAUAUAAAUAUAAACAAAUAAAUAAAUCUUAUAACC